ACACAGUGAUGUGAAAAAUUAAUAAGUUUUUCAUGCCCAUUAUUAUUUUACGAGUAGGUUUCCGUUCGGGCUGAUCUAAAACUCAAACAAUUAUUGUUUUCAAAAGGAAAAAUAUUCGUGGUAUAAUUUGUUCACACAGGCAUUCCCAGACCCCUUCGCCGGACACGGGAAGGGGACGGGACAGGACGGGACGGGAGAAACCGGUAAAAAUGGCGCUGUUUUUGAGCCGUUGCUGCGCGUGGAAUAGACAAAGCGCGUUCGCGAGCGGCGCGUUGAUGAACGGUCUGUUCAACGGUCGCCGGGACCACGAGAUCCCUUCGGCCAGCCUUCUGGCUCGCAGCGUCUGUCACCAGCAUAGUCUGUUGAAGGACCAGCAUUUACAUAGAAGAAUGUGUUUAAACACUACAGCUUACAAGAAGCCAAAUUGUUUUUGGAGAAGUCCAUCCAGAUUUAUGUACACAACUAGAACUAAAUGCUGCCGCAACCAGGUGCACAGUGACAAACAGCAUAAAAGCCCCUACGCAUUGGUUCAGAAUGACCUGAAGAAUCUAUAUGAUGAAAUCAGGCAGCUAUUAGCAGUUUCUUCAGACCUUAAGGCAAUUUGCGAUUAUUACUUUGAUGGAAAAGGGAAGGCUUUUCGGCCAAUGAUUGUGGUAUUAAUGGCAAAAGCGUGCAAUAUCCACCAUGGCAAGAACAGAGAUCAGCUCAGAGUCAACCACAUUAUUGAGGGUCUGGAGUCUGAAGCACGCAGGACAGAUUAUGUAAGGAUUGCAGAUUUUACCAAGAGGACUGAGUGA